GGAGUCGAGGCGGGGCCGGCCCUCGGCAGCCAAUGGCGGGUGUGGAGCCGUGAGGGGCAGCCAGCGAGAAAGGGAGCGAGGGUGGCAGAGGCGCAGCUCGGGGGCGAGGAGGUUGUAAAGGGCAGCUGAACUAUUGCAUAAGUUGUUCUACACCUGGGCCAUGUCGUCUAUAUUGCCGUUUACCCCGCCUGUUGUGAAGAGACUGUUAGGGUGGAAGAAGUCUGCUGGAGGUUCAGGAGGCGCUGGUGGGGGCGAGCAGAACGGUCAGGAAGAAAAAUGGUGUGAGAAAGCAGUGAAAAGUUUGGUCAAGAAGCUCAAGAAGACAGGGCAACUGGAUGAGCUUGAAAAAGCAAUCACCACUCAGAACUGCAAUACAAAAUGUGUUACGAUACCAAGCACUUGCUCUGAAAUUUGGGGACUGAGUACACCAAAUACGAUAGAUCAGUGGGAUACAACAGGCCUAUACAGCUUCUCUGAACAAACCAGGUCUCUCGAUGGCCGCCUGCAAGUAUCUCACCGUAAAGGAUUACCACAUGUUAUUUACUGCCGUUUGUGGCGCUGGCCCGACCUUCACAGUCAUCAUGAACUUAAGGCAAUUGAAAACUGUGAAUAUGCUUUUAAUCUUAAAAAGGAUGAAGUAUGCGUAAACCCGUACCAUUACCAGAGAGUGGAAACUCCAGUUCUGCCUCCUGUCCUGGUGCCACGGCAUACUGAGAUUCUCACCGAACUUCCUCCACUCGAUGACUAUACUCAUUCCAUUCCCGAAAACACUAACUUUCCAGCAGGAAUUGAACCACAGAGCAAUUACAUACCAGAAACACCACCACCCGGUUAUAUCAGUGAAGAUGGAGAAACAAGUGACCAGCAGUUGAACCAAAGCAUGGAUACAGGAUCCCCAGCCGAGCUGUCUCCCAGUACACUCUCUCCUGUCAAUCACAGCCUAGAUUUGCAGCCAGUUACCUAUUCAGAGCCUGCGUUUUGGUGUUCAAUAGCAUACUAUGAACUAAAUCAGAGAGUUGGAGAAACCUUCCAUGCCUCGCAGCCUUCACUUACUGUAGAUGGCUUUACGGAUCCAUCAAACUCUGAAAGAUUCUGCCUAGGUUUGCUCUCCAACGUUAAUAGAAAUGCCACAGUGGAAAUGACAAGGCGGCACAUAGGAAGGGGAGUGCGUCUGUAUUACAUCGGUGGGGAAGUUUUCGCUGAGUGCCUAAGCGAUAGUGCAAUCUUUGUUCAGAGCCCCAAUUGUAAUCAGAGAUAUGGCUGGCAUCCUGCAACUGUUUGCAAAAUCCCACCAGGCUGUAACCUGAAGAUCUUCAAUAACCAGGAGUUUGCUGCUCUUCUGGCUCAGUCCGUGAAUCAGGGCUUCGAAGCAGUAUAUCAGCUAACUCGAAUGUGUACCAUAAGGAUGAGUUUUGUUAAAGGAUGGGGAGCUGAGUACAGGCGGCAAACGGUAACAAGCACUCCUUGUUGGAUUGAGCUUCACCUGAACGGGCCGUUACAGUGGCUGGACAAAGUAUUGACUCAGAUGGGGUCCCCAUCAGUACGCUGUUCCAGCAUGUCGUAAAGCUUCUCAUUACUGAUGGGCUUAAAGUAGGAAGUCCAGGCAACAGACUUAAAUCUAACAGCUCGUCUGUCGUAGUAACUCGUGUGUGGUCUCCAUGAACUGUUUCCUAUCCAAAAAGUUCUGUGAGAGAGAGAGAGAGAGAGAGAGAGAGAGAGAGAAAGCACUUGAGGGUCUCGUCAAUUUUAAAGCACCUUGUGGAUUUUGUUUCCUAUACUCUGAUACUAGAUGAAACGUUAGUGUAUAGAAAAGCCUUCUUUUGAAGGAGGGAGGGACAUUUUAAAGACUUUAAUGGUGUUUUUAUUGGGUAUAUAUAAAUUGAGUGUCCUAAAGGUUUACCAAUAACAUGGACGGUUCGAUUAAUGUAUCUUGGACCCCUCCUCCCCCCCGACAUGGCGCCGUUCUGCUGUCCUGAGUUUUAAUUCCCAUUGGUAGAUAUGUGGAGCUCUUUUGACCUAGGCAGCCAUCUCGUAAAAAGCCCAAGUUCUUGCUUCUCCAUAUUUUUUUAUAUUUUUAUAUAUAAAUAUAUAUGCAGGCUUUCCGCUGCCCUAUAACAGACUUUUAUUACAAAAAAGCUUUCCCCCCCCCCACUUGCUACCCCAAGUGUACUAGCUGCCACUUUAAACCCCUCUUUGGAGAGGGAACAACGCUUGCGUUUCAUCUCCUGAAGUCUUGGCCCUUAAUCGUGCUUUAAUGGACCUUAAAUAUCCAACGUCAAUUUGGAUCUCUUUCUCCCCGCCUCCACUGCCAAAACAUGCUUAGCAAAGUUUCUUCCUUUGCCUGUCCAGGGUGAUGCAUCUGUUGCUGGCGAUGGGUGCUGUGACACUGCCGGCCCUGAGGUCAGCCUCACACCUUUAUGUUUAAAAACAUGGACAAGCACUCUUGAGAGAUGGGCCUUUGCAGCUGUAAUCCCCACUGUUAGGAGUUCGGGAGCAGGCUGUUGAUCAUGCAUUCUCUCCUCCCUUAGUGUCUCCCCAGGCAUACAUUUCUCCCGUAACUGAGGUUAAGCAUUACUGUGAUGCCAACACGAACCAUGGAUAAUGUUUUUUUCCUAACCCUGCUUAAGAGAGACAUCAGGAUAGCCCAAACCAUGGCUAACAUUACUACGAUGGGGUUGUAUCCAAUGCAAUAUUUCCAGUGUUAGUCUUAACUUAAGUCUCAUUCAUUUCAAUGGGUCUAAUCUUAAGUAGGACUAACAUUGGCUGCAACUCAUGGUAAUGCUUAACUGUGGACAAGGAGGGAGGAGGGAUGGCCGGGUGCAAUCUCUCUAAGCGUCUGCACCAGCCCCCUGCCUGAAGCGCCAUGACAUGCUAACAGUCGAUCUGCGUUGUCAUGCGUGCGUCUAUCACAGAAGUAGUCUUUUUAGGAGCAGUUCCCGAACCUUGCCUUUCUUUUCCAAGAGAGAUGUAUGAGUUAAGCCCUGUCAUUGCCUUUGCAUAGAGGCCUGGUUUGCGCGUGAUGACAAACCAGAGCAUGGGUUGAAUCACGAGAUGUUGAUGAAUCAUGAGUGGUUGUUGAAUCGUGGGUUGUCGUUAUGCGUGAACCCUGCACUAUGGUUUAAUUAUGGGUUGCUAACCACGAACAACCCAGGUGGAGACCCCAUGAUUUAUUUUUGGGUUGUUCGUGGUUAAGGACUCAAAGUUAAGCCACAGCGCAGGGUUCACAUAUGACAACAACCCAUAAUUCAGCAACAAUCCGUUCUCUGGGUGGUUGUUAUGGGCUAACUAGGUCAGGGUGCUUACAUUCAAAGAAGUACCCCUGUGUUUCUUCCAUGAAUAAUAGGUGGAACAGCUAUAAGAUAACGGCAAUUCUUUUGUGUCUUGAAACCCUCCUUGAAGAAGAACUUUCAGCAGGAAUGGGUAUCUGGGAAUGCUGAAGGUUGGCUGAACUCAAGUCUUCUCUCUCCCCCUCCCGCCCUGCCCCCCCCCAAAAAAACCCUGGAUAUUUGCUUGCGUGACUUUGAAAUCCAUUGAUCAAGUGGGAGGGUAAGCAAGCUCCUGUUUCUCUCACCCAUUCGCUUCUCUGGUCCUUCCACCUGCUGCCACCUGCUGUAGCAGGACUCCAGGUACGCCACACAGCAAUUGGGCUUGGAUUAAAAAGAAGGGAAUGGGAUAUAAAGAAGCUGCUCCAUCUUUAUCUCCCACUUCACUGGUAGACUCUAAAGGGGGAUAUUUAUGCUUUACAAGUUACAAACUGGCAGCCCUAAAAGUGUUCCCCUCCCUUGCCGUACAGUGGAAUGGAACUUCCCGAAAGGUCAGAACAUAAAACGAGGUAUUUCACUGAAGGCUUACUGAGCUGGUCCGAUCAAACUUUGCAUGGCUUUAAUCUAGGAGCAUCCGUUGUGGAAGGGAUGAAUCUUGCAAUAGUACUUGCUUCUGCACACUCCCUAGGCUCAGUGUUACUUGAAGUGUGUGACCAGCAAAAGGAAGAUUCCAUAGUACAUGUUAUUGUGAACCCUUGGACACUAUAUCUGGACCUUGCUUUAAAAUAAAAUAUUUUGAAUUAUAUUCUACAAAUAAGUCGGGUUGGGUAAGGGUUGGGAAACUGUAUAGAAGGGUUCUUCUGACUUGAAAAGUAUACAUCUUACUAACAAUCUUGUGAUCUAGCUGUCUGUCAUUCUCUUGUUGUUGUGGCAGUAGCAGGAUUGCCUUUUGUCUGUUUUCUUUCCUUCUCCUCCCCCCCCACCCCAAAUUGUUCACUUGCACUAGUGCUGUACUUUGUAAGUGCACCUAGUGACAACUUCAGCUUUGAGAACAAAUGUGGCCAGUGUUAAGCUUUGUAAUCAGCUGACUGAACUGAUGAUAGCGAUGGAUAUUUUUUAUGCCGUAAUAAAUAGGGCAUAGGAGCAAUACCAAAAACCAAGCCUGGGGGUGUGGGGUGGGGGAAUCAAAAUGGGCCAGGCAGUUUAAAAGAAUUGGGAAAGCAGUUACCAAUUUGUGUAGUUUUACCAGUAGCCUAAUGUAUUGGUAGAACUUGUGAACCUAAGAGAUAAGCUUUCAUGCGUGUUGCGUUUGCCUAAUAUGUGAAUACACUAAUAAAAGUUUUAAUUCUCA